AGUUGCCGUUUGGCUCGUGCCCGAAACUCUCCGGACACCCGCACCAAACCCCAUCCAUUUUCCAUAUCCUACGUCAGGAUGAUGUUCCUGACCAUUACAGCGCUUUAUUGGUUGCUGGCACGAGGCACAGAGGCUUCUCAUGCUGGCCUCACUGCAGACGAUGCUUGCUUUGGAAGUGAGACAGGCGCCUGUGGGCUUCAUGCGUUGCAAGUUGGAUUGCAGACCAUCAGCCCUAAGAGCGAUCGGGAGAAAGUCAUCACGAUCGGUCUGAGUGGUGAACCCCAGAGCCAUAUGCAGAUGGUGAUGGAACCUGACCGCCAAACAUUCGACUUCCGGCACUUCCACCCAUUACACCUGGGCCACAUGGCUCGGAAGGUCUUUCAUGAUGCUCUCCACUGGCAACCACUGAAAGGACUUUCAGGAUUCUAUCAAGUGGGUGCGUUCAGCCAGGUGCCUUUGGAUGCGCUGGUUGUGGCUAAAACCUAUCCUCAGCCAGAGAACAUGACCAUCGACGCCUGGCUUCGAGAUGUGUGGGCACAAACCCUGGCUGCAAGUCCAAAAAUGCGGGCAGAAGAGAGUUAUAGGCAGAAGGUCCUGAUCAUGGGAUUCAUCGCCCUCACGAUUUUGCCAUUGCUGGUGGUGCAGAUUGAGCGGCGUUCCAAAGCUUCACAGCCUUUUGAGACUAGACCUCAAACCAGCAUGAAGAUCACCCAGAAGGAGCUGGAGGAACACUGCACGACUUCUUCAUUGUGGGUUUCCAUUGGUGGUGUUGUCUGUGACGUCACAGACUUCCUGAUGCUUCACCCGGGCGGAAACGAGGUCCUCUUGCAGUAUGGCGGGCAGGAAGCCGCAGAAGCCUUUGAAGAGGUUGGCCACUCCGACUUCGCUCGACAGAUGGUUCAAGAGAAGGCCAUUGGAGUGCUGGUUGAUGGCAAUUCCUCUUUGCGAAGUGGUGCUGGGACAUCUUUGCUGGGUCGGCUGUUCACCAAAGAGGAUGGCUUCAACAUCCACAAAACGCUGGGCAUCAGCGUCCUUGUGCACGUGCUUUAUAGGGCCUAUGCCCAGCUGGCGAGAAUUCCGGACGCAGGCUUUACCAGCGGGUAUGGCUCACUUGCACUUUGUUGGUUAAGUAUUGCGCUACAGUCGACGUCCUACUUCUUCGAGGUGCCGCGUGCACGUUUGUUGGGCAGCCCAAUGAUUUGGCAAGAAUGGCGAGCACACAAUUUCAUUUUUGUGUCAAGGCAUGUUGCCGCCUUUACUAUUUGCUGGGCCUAUUUGCGCUGGGUAAAUACGAGCAAUCAGAUCGCUUCAACGAUGCUAGAUUUCUCAAUGUUUGCAGUGCUCUAUAUUCAGCUUUAUUCGGUGGACGUGGUCACUGCAUACAUCCGAGAGGACAAACAUACAUCAUUGACAGCAAGUUGGCCAUUCUGGGAUGGCUGCCCGAUUUGGCUGGAAAAGACCAUUAAGUGGUACUACACCAUCGCUCAAUUUCAGGCAAGCACCCUUUUGAUCAUGACUGGCAAUGACCUGUUCGGCAAGUACAUGGUGAUUUUCCCCUUCCAGUUUGCUUCCUUUCUGAUGACCUUGGUCAGAAAGGGCAUCAUCACCACCAAAGGAUUUCACGCUGGGUAUCUUUGGAGCUUGUGGAUGGUGGUUUGGCUGAUUCUAGAUGCUGAUUGGAGAACGACCAUCGGAUCUUGGGUUUUGCCUGACAUAGACGUCUUGCAAUUUCCAGUCAUGUUGAUCACCUGGUUGGUUUGCAUCACCAUCCAAAAGAUUUGCAUGGGCUUCAUGACGGAGACUCGGGCUCGACGCUUCUUAGAAGCCCGCCGGAAGCCUUUGAAGCUGGUGGCCAAGGAGAAGGUCAAUGAUGCGUUCUUCUUGCUGAAGUUUGAGAUCCCGGCUGGCUAUACGGCUGGGAUUAAUCCUGGACAACACGUAAAAGUCCAUGUGGAGAACAUUUCCAAGAACGCGCAAACAUGGAACAAGUCUGUGAACUUGGAGGAACCCGUCGAAGAGCUGAGUCGAUCCUACACUCCAGUGUCUGCAUCGACAUCCCCGACCAUAGAUCUCAUGAUUCGCCAAUACCCGAAGGAACCUGAUCGAGGCUUCCCUGAUGGAGGCCGUGCGAGCACUUUCUUGAUCGAGAAGCUGGACAUUGGGCAGAAGAUGUUCCUGACUGGCCCUCACGGACACCAGCUCUACUUUGGGCAGGGUCGCUUUUUGGUGGGCAAGAGCGUGAUCACGGCACGAGCUUGUGGUGCCAUUGCUGGCGGCUCUGGCAUUACGCCGGUGCUGAGCACGUUGCGGGAUAUUUGGCAGGAGGGUCGGCGUGAUAUCCGUGAUCGAGAUCAAAGAAUCAUGGGGGAGCAAGCAGUGAGGAUGGACGAGUUUGCCGUGCUCCAUGUGACUCGCAAAGCAUCAGAAGCAUUGCCAGCAUCAUGGUAUCAAUCAGCAAAGGGCGCCACAGAUGCGACACCCAUUCGGGUCUCGCAUGUGGUGACUGGAGACGGUGCCAAGGCAGAAGUUGCAGGAGUGAAGAAGUGCUGGUCUGGCAAGUUGACUGUGGAGAUGGUUCAGCAGUCGCUGCCAGCUCCGGCAGAUGAUGUGGUGAUUUUUGUUUGUGGUCCACAGGGCUUCAAUGAAUCGUUGUGCCGACCAAUGCUGCAAAAGCUUGGCUAUUUGCAUGUAGUGAUGCUCCAAUGAUGAGCCAGGAGCCCCUAGAAAGCGGCAAGCGCCUGCGCUCGGGAUGAUAAAGCGGCAAGAAUCAGAAAGAAUCACCCUAUGUCGCGUCUUGAGUCUUGAGUGUCGCAGAUGAUGGA